UUACAGUAGUUAUUUUUAAAGGACUGCAUAUGAGCAAGAUGCCUAUGAAAAGACUCUCGCUUCUGCUGCUGCUACAGCUGACUUGUCACUUUAGCGGCGGGAGUUGUGGAAAGGUGCUGGUGUGGCCGGUGGAAUUUAGUCACUGGAUGAAUAUAAAGACAAUUCUGGACGAACUUGUCACAAGGGGUCAUGAGGUGACUGUUCUGAUAUCUUCAGCUUCCACUAUUCCUAAUUCCAGCAAACCAUCUACUAUGAAAUUUGAGACUUUUCCUGUAUCUUUAACAAAAAGUGAUUAUGAGAAUUUUAUAGAACGUCUUCUUGAGGAAUGGACAUACGCGGCGAAAGAUUCCUUUUGGUCCUAUUUGUCAACAGUGAAAAGUUUAUUUUGGGAAUUUUUUGAUACUGCUUUAAGUAUGUGUAAAGAUGCUGUUUCCAACAAUAAAUUAAUGACAGAACUACAGGAAUCAAGGUUUGAUAUCCUUAUUGCAGAUGCUGUUGGACCCUGUGGUGAACUGCUGGCUGAAUUACUUAAAAUACCAUUCGUGUACAGUCAUUACACCUCACCUGGCCAUAUAAUUGAAAGGAAUAGCGGAAGACUUCAUUUUCCACCAUCUUAUGUACCUGUUAUGAUUUCAGAAUUAAGUGAUCGCAUGACAUUCAUGGAGAGGGUCAAAAAUAUGUUUUACACACUUUAUUUUGACCUUUUCUUCACGACAUACAACGAGAAAAAGUGGAAUCAGUUCUACAGUGAAGUACUAGGAAAAACUACUACCUUAUCGGAGACAAUGGGGAAAGCCGAAAUGUGGCUCAUUCGAAGCUACUGGGACAUUUCAUUUCCUCGUCCACUACUACCAAAUGUUGAAUUUGUUGGAGGGCUCCACUGCAAACCUGCCAAGCCUCUGCCUAAGGAAAUGGAAGAGUUUGUGCAGAGCUCUGGCGAAAAUGGAAUUGUGGUGUUUUCUUUGGGGUCAAUGGUCAGUAACAUGUCAGAAGACAGAGCCGAGGUGAUUGCAUCAGCCUUUGCUCAAAUUCCACAAAAGGUGCUAUGGAGAUAUGAUGGCAAAAAACCAGAUAACUUAGGACCCAACACCCGGUUGUAUAAAUGGCUUCCCCAGAAUGACCUUCUUGGCCAUCCAAAAACCAAAGCCUUUAUAACUCAUGGUGGAAGCAAUGGUGUUUAUGAGGCCAUCUAUCAUGGGAUCCCUAUGGUGGGCACACCUUUGUUUGCUGAUCAAGCUGAUAACAUCGCUCGAAUGAAAUCCAAGGGAACAGCUGUCAGGUUGGACUUGGAAACAAUGUCAACAAGAGAUUUGCUCAACGCAUUGAAGGAAGUCAUUAAUAAUCCUUCCUACAAAGAGAAUGUGAUGAGAUUAUCAGCCAUUCAACAUGAUCAGCCUAUGAAGCCCUUGGACAGAGCAGUCUUCUGGAUCGAGUUUGUCAUGCGCCACAAAGGAGCCAAGCACUUGCGGCCAGCUCUCCAUGACCUCACCUGGUUCCAAUACCACUCUCUGGAUGUCAUUGGGUUCCUGCUGGCCUGUGUGGCAACUGCCAUAUUUGUCAUCACAAAAUGUUGUCUAUUUUGUUGCUGGAAGUUUGCUAAAACAGGAAAGAAGGGGAAAAGAGACUAGCUGUAUCUGAGACUCAGCGCAGGUGUCCCCAACCUCUGAGAUCAAAUGCCUGAUGAUCUGGGGUGGAGCUGAUGCAAUAAUAGAAACAAAGUGAGCAAUAAAUGUAAUGUGCUUGAAUCGUCCCAAAACCAUUGCUUCCUAUCCCAGUCCAUGGGAAAAUGGUCUUCCACGAAACUGGUUCCUGGGGCCUAAAAGUUUGGGUACUGCUGCUCUAGCAGUUCUGCCUCAUAAGUAGAACUCCUCCAUAAAAUGAUGUGGGUAUGUAUUGAAAUUUAUUAUUUUAAUGCAAAAGUAUACUAAAAAGAUGUGGUUGAAUUUAACUGUUUUUCACAUGUUGGGUGUAGAAACAGGAACAAUAAAAGUCUAUUCAUAGUAUCCA